AUUUAGUUUAGUUUUGGUCACGCUUUCGGGUGGUGGUGUCGGUUUCAUACUGUAAUUUAGCAUUUCAUUUUGAUUGUUUACAAUCGUAAUUUCUUGAUUUGAGUAGUUUAAAGGUUUGCUUUAUUAAAUCUGUGGACUUUCUACCUAAAACAGUGCAGUUCAAGUCUUUGUAUCGUUAUUGUAUUAUAAUUUAUACGUUAAUCGAGUGUAUCUUGAAUCGUUGAGAUCAGAGAACGCAAUGUUGGACGGUGUUUGAAAAUGUGAAUCAAAAUGUGCCGGUGAAUCUUUCAUUCGAAUCUAAAGGACCUUGUUCUGAGUGAAAGACAUUACGAAAAAUGAGGUUUUUGGCGUUUCUUCUUUUGCUUCCAGCAUGUUUUGCACAUCUCAACGUCUAUCUUAGUAGUGCAGAAGUAUUGAGAUUAUUGGGUCUAACAGCUGAGCUGUAUUAUGUAAGAGAUGGUCAAAUCAACUCCUACGCACUUAACUUCGUUGUUCCCGUUCCUGCUAAUAUUGGAGAGUUGCAUUUUUCGUGGCAGAGCUUAACAAGACGACCGUUACCAUACACGCUGCGAGUGGAUGUCAUCUCUCAUCCCGAGGCUUUACACCCGCCAACCUUCAGUAUUCCAAGUACUGGCCUGGUGCCAACUGAACCACAAACGUGGCAAGUGGAUCUGCCCUGUACACACACGGUAGCAGCUGAAGUGGACGUCACCAUCGCCCUCAACAUCUCUACUGGUUCAUCAUCCACGACAUUACAUUUUAGGAGACGUAAAAUAUGCCUUAAAGAUGCUCCACGACCCGCUGUAAGAGUGGAUAAUGCCCCUCAUGCUCCCACCUCUGCUGAUAUAUUCUACGCUGGGGCUGGUUGUGCUGGUGGAGUCAUUAUUUUAGCAGCGGUCGCAGCAGUGGCUUGUCGAGCUCGCGCCAGAAAACUUCGGAGAGCAAGAAGCGAUGAGCAAGAUGCUCACGCUUUCUUACCAGACUCUUCAUGCAAAUCUGCAGCUAGCUAUACAAGCUAUCGGCGUCCAACGUCUUUACCGCCGGUUGCUCCUGAAGAAAGGGCUAGAGAUCUCCAACAAAGAAUAGCAGAGUUGACAAUACAAAGAUGUCGAGUAAGGCUACGAUCAGUGGCGAUGGAAGGCACCUUCGGUCGUGUAUACAGAGGAACAUAUGCAGACGAAGAUGGCAGGGAACAAGAAGUGUUAGUCAAAACUGUGGCUGAACAUGCAUCACAAGUACAGGUGUCACUACUUCUUCAAGAAGGCUGCAUGCUGUACGGGCUUCAUCAUGAGCGGGUCCUAUCCGUUCUGGGUGUCAGCAUUGAAGACCAGACGGCACCAUUCAUUCUGUACCCCUGGGGUCCAACCUGGAGAAACCUAAAGCAGUUCCUAUUAGCGUGUCGAGGAGUUGCUGUAGGUGGGGCAACGGGUGCUCCGCCCCCUCCAUUAACAACUCAACACGUGGUCAGAAUGGCACUUCACGCCUUGGAUGGACUUUCCUAUCUACAUUCGCAACACGUACUGCAUAAGGACAUCGCUGCAAGGAAUUGCGUAGUUGACGAGAAUCUACGUGUAAUGAUAGGAGACAACGCGUUAUGUAGAGACCUCUUCCCGGCUGACUACCACUGUUUAGGAGAUAAUGAAAACAGACCCAUCAAAUGGCUGGCUCUUGAGACACUCUCAAAGAAGCAGUUCAGUCCAGCAUCAGAUGUAUGGGCGUUGGGAGUACUUCUAUGGGAAUUGACGACGCUGGCACAUCAGCCAUAUGCGGAAGUCGAUCCAUUUGAAGUAGCUGCGUAUUUGAGGGAUGGUUAUAGAUUGCAGCAACCGGCCAAUUGUCCGGACGAAUUGUUCGCAGUAAUGGCCUACUGUUGGGCGAUGUCACCCGACGACAGACCAACGCUACCACAACUGCAAAUAUUUCUACGCGACUUCCACGCUCAACUUACGAGAUUCGUGUAGAGAACGUUUAACCAAAGACAAUAGUGAAGUGUCAGUGCGUUACCAAUGGCCUUAGCCUAAUAAGGUUUUACUGUAACUGUAGCACUUUUUCAAUAAAAAAAUUAUUCGACCAAUGCACGUUAGUGCUUCUGUUUAGUUAUAAAACAGACUCUUUGUUACCAUGGUUACUGUGUACGUUACCAUGGCAACACGGUGCUCGUUUUAUAACGCCAUGUGUUCAGUUGUUAUAUUGAUGUGUUCUACCGAAUUAGAAAUUUUUAGCGUAGACAGUGCUUGUGAGUUUUGGCACUACGUACUUGAAUCUGACAUAUGCCUUUUAAGGAAGACUUUUGAGAGCUAAGGCCCAGGAUAAUGCUGUAAGACUGAUAGUGUAAUUUAGAUAUCAACACGUGUUUUUGCUUCUGUUCUUGGUACAGAUCAUAUAUUAAGAAUCUCUGUGUAAUUGGUUGAAAUUUACUAUAAUUUUUUUCGCACAGUCUAUUUCUGACUACAUAAUGUCAGGAAUAUAGUUUUUUGGAAUUUUAUUUGUUUAACAACGAACUUUUUAAUUGCUACACAUAACAAAUACGUAAUCUUUACCGAAUGUUAAACGAUGUCCAUAAUUUGAAAGAAAUUAAGUUUUUAAUCCAGAUCUGUAACUACUUUUAAGAAAAUUUUGACAUCUUUUUCACAGAAUCUAUUAAGCUUUGGGUCAAAUGUUAACCGUCGCCGUUUGAUAUAUCACGCACAAAGUUACGAAAUCCUUUCCGUGGUCAAAAUAAUAACUGAUAACAUAAUCUAAAGGAUAUUUUCUAAUCACUCGUGAUUCUAGUAAAAACUUAAUUUCAUUCAAAUAUGAUACGUAAAAAGCUAUAUAGCUUUUGGAACCUUAAUUCGGCAAAUAUGACGUAUUUCUGACGUGUCUGCAAACAUUUCGAACGACCCAUUAACACAGAGAAAUUUCGCCCUAAUUCAGAACAUAAGCAAAAAUAUGUGGGUUGUUACUGCCAUAUUAGAUAUAAAUGUAAAUAAAUAUUGAUGUGCCUCAAAUAUUGUAAAUUUUAUAUUACAAGACAAUAUAAAUGUAUGAUUGUUUGGAACGGGAACCAUUUGGAGGGAGAAUGCUGGAGGAAAAAUUUCACGUAAUACAUAUUAAAUUAAAUUAAUAAAUAUAUAUCAAACGCACAGUUGUAACAUGCGCUGUCUUUGUUUUCAUCAGCGUAAAUACGAAAGGAAAGAGACAAAAGAGUACUUUAAAUGUGUGCAAUUAUACUGAUGGCGAAUGGCUCAUGAAAUAAAAAGUAAUUUAGACUUAGAGCUAAGUGUGAUCUCUCAAAAUUGUAUUGGAAUUUGCCUACCCUCAAAACAAAAAUGCAAAAUUAUUUGUUUUUUUUUAAAUAUUAGAUAUUUUUAGAUUUCGUUCAUUGUUAUAAUUAAUUCAAAUAUUUAAAGAAUGCAAUUAAGAUUUUUUUUAUUGAACGGGGGGUAAACUGGGAUGGUCACGUGAUAAGUGAUACGGCCAACACACUCUGCCAAAUGGCUCGCAAGUGUGUUGCCGGCGUUUUAAGAAUUACUAUACUUUUCUUGAUGGACCUUAAGUCGUUUUAGUUCAGAAAUGCUUUAGUGGUCAGCUGGUUCCACAUAGUGGUAGUGCACAGCAAAACUGCCUUAAAAAACGCUCAGUGGAACGACGGACGUCCAGGUGAUACGGGUGAAAUAAUUGUUCUCCACAGUAUUCCUUCCAGGUGGUGUUAAACCCAUCCUAUAUAUUAAGUGCCAAAAUUGUGCCAAUUUUGGAAAACCCAAUAGAAAUAUCAACAAAUUAUCUGUUUAGCUUAAGAAAGUUUAGCAUUUUGGUAAAACGGUUUAUUAAGACACGCCAUUAUUAAUAGCUAGCAGAAAAUUUAGCGCCAAAAGUUGUUGUAACUUUUAAUUUGCUUGUAAUAAAUGUUUCUUUUUUAAUAAAUUUAUGAUUUUAUUUAUCUUGUGUGAAGUAAUUUUGAGUUUUUGAAGUAAUAUAUGUGGCGCGUCUUAGUGAAACUUAUAAUAUUGAGAAUUGUACGAAAAAUUAUGAAUGUAUAAACGCUAUAGAUAAUUUAUUUCUUAUGUAAGUACAUAAAAGACUUAAUGUAUAUGUAAUGUAGCUAUGUAUAUUUGUAAAUAUUUUGUUAAUUAUGUCAAUAUACGAGUGAUUAUAUUGAAAA